AUGCAGUUCAAAGGUCUGGACAUUGUCCACAGGGGCAGAGGUCUAGUAGCCAUGCUCAGGGUGGACGAGCUUGGCGGUCGACAAGGGAUCAAUUUUAAAGAAACAUUAGCGCCUAAAAAUGAGCGCAGAGCCAUGCCCAACUAUCCUCCCACCCCUCAAGCUCCUUCGGGCAACCCUUCUAAAGAGUUGGAGCACAGUCGUUUGAUGAAGUCGUUAAAGGUUAUGGUUUUAGCUAAAAUGAAGAUGAACCUUGUGUGUACAAGAAAAACAGUGGGAGCACAGUCGUAUUCCUCGUUCUAUAUGUAG